AAAUUAUUUAUCGCAUAAUUGCUUAUCUGUGUUCACAUUUUCAUUGCAUUCCUUUUAACACAUGAGUUUAUCAACUAUACUAUUUUGUUAUUUUCAGCCGCAUGCAGUCAAAUUAGUAUUAGAAACGAAACACUGUCUGCCGUAGCUUUAUUGGCUUGUAUGUGAUAUUGCAAGGAAGCUAAACGUGUAAAAAUCGAAUUCCUCAUAUUGCUGAAGUGUUUAAUUGUAUAGCUUUCCAUAGUUGUCCAAAAUGCUACGCUCCACAACCGGCGUUUUGUCAAGGCUCAGCAUUAAUGAGUCGAAAACCACAGGCUCUGCUUUUGCAUUGGAAUUCGUGCGUUGGCGCAGAAAGCCACGUUGGUUGCCAGUGGCAAAGAGUAAACUAUAUCGCGUGCCAGAACGUAAGGAACAGAAUGCGGACGAAAAAGCAGAACUCAUGCGUUUGCAUAAUAAUUACAAAUUGCAAAUGCGUUCCAUACGCCAGUAUCUGCGUGAAGAGGUUUUGCGUUUGAAUGUCACAACCACAGCUGAUCAUUUUGUGCUAACACCGGAGCAAGAAGAAGCUGAAUUCGAACGUUGUAUGCAAGAGAAUGCAGCAUGGAAUCAAACAAUUGCCGGCGAAAGAGAAGCACGUUUGUUGAAGGAGCGUGAACAAAAAGCAGUGGAAAUACGUGAACGUUUGGAAGCGGCGCGUGUGCGUGAAGAAGAACGCAUGGAACAAAUUGAGGAAUUAGUUAGACGUGAGAAAGAAUUGGCAAAGACAUUUAUAACCCGCGAAAAUCUUGAAACAGCAAUUGAACAGGCUUUAGCCAAUCCAGUUGAUUACAAUUUCUCUAUAGAUUUGAAAGGAAAUAUCUAUCGUGGACGCACCACUUUGCCAGGUGGUAAAGGUGCACCAGCCAGUAGUGGUGUGCAAGAUAAUGAAGUGCAAAAAACAAUCGAAGCUAGAAAUUAGUCGGUUAGUGCUUGAAAAUUGUGAACAAUCAAUAAAGUGUAAAAUGUCAUAUUGGCUACAGUCAUACAAGUGGA